AUGUCGGGGGUUCAAACGAUCUUCUUCCUCCGCCCCCGGCGCGAGACUCGGUCCCAAACGCCAGGCGGCGCGACUCCCGAAGGGCCCCCAACCCCGGGAGGGGACAGGACUCCACGGGCCGAGGCUUUGGAUGGAAACCUUGCUAGCACGCCCGGGAAAGAGACUUCUAGUGUUAUGAGUUCGGCUCAUGUGUCAAGCACAACCUCAGCAGGGGCAAGCACAGAGCAUGUUGCGCAUAGCAUAGCAACCCCCCCGACAAAAGCAUCGGUGCAGAGCACUGCAGCAGGAGGGGCGCGGUUGGCACAGACUCAGCAGGCGGCAAGGCUUGGGAGUGUGACUGAUCUCCCCGGAAGUGUGAACGUGGCCCCCAUGACGAGUAGAUCUGAAAGGGUUCAGAGACAAAUGCAGUGCGGCAGGGUCGAGCGCUCCUCACGUUCGCGCGCGUCCUUCGCGGAGUCGGACCGCCCCCCCGCUUUCGAGGGUAAAACCCACCCCCCCAGAGGUGGGGAGCCGCAUGGGCUGGUCGCGGAACUGUUCGCCGCGAGCCGAGUUGAGUUGGCGCAGCUUUGGAAUCCGUUUGGAACCGGAUGGGCCGCCAGGAAACGGCUAGAGAAGCAGCUGAGGCGAGCGGCGGAGGAGUUGCGGGAGGAAGUGGGGCGGAGAGAGGAGGCGGAGCGGGAGUUGGAGCGCCUCGCGUGGGGGGUCGCUUCCAGGGGGGAGCGCUUUGACGUUGACAUCGGGGAACGUGUUGGGGAAGAAGAGAGGGGGGGGCAAAGCACGGGCGAAAGUACGGGGGGUUUUGGGGAUGGAAUUGUGCAGGACAGAAAUGACGAUCCUUGGGCGGGGCUAGUGGAAGAAGUGAGAGACUUUGGCGGGCAAGAGGCAAAGAGAAACGAAGAAGAGACAUCCGCGGAAGGAGCGGGUUCGGGCGAGGGUUUAGGAGGAGGGUUAGGGGAAGGGUUAGCGAGAGAUGGGUUUGGUCGGCGGUCUGCCAGCUGGGCAAAGACGACGCUCGCAGCGGCUGAGGAAGAGAGGGCGACCGUUCUACAGGAGUUGCGGACGGUGCAGAAGCAGUACCGACUGUCCUUGUCGGGAGGGAUGCGGGAGGGCGCUCAGCUGGACGAGCAACGAGAGUUGCAAGCGGCUGCAAACAGUGAAGAGGCCUCUGGAAGCGCUUCAGUCACUGAAGACCCAAUUGGAGAGCCGACCAGCACUGUAGACAAGAGGGCGGGCGACCAGCACGGGGCCACAAUACCUCCAGAGCAGUCUGUAGACUCAAGGCAAGUCGCCUCAAGUGACCUGGCAGCUCAGAGCGUCCCGCCGACGCAGAAGGGAGGAGAACUUAGUCCGAGGGCAAAGGGAGUGAACGGCGGGAAGAGGAAACAGCUGAGACGGAAGGGUGUACUUAUCAAUCCGGAGGGCAAGAUUCCGGCGUCGGUGAACCUGAGGGAACCGGAACAGAAACACGAGACGGAGGCUGCUGUGGAAGGGUUGCCGGCUCAUCUCGACUUGUUCAGAAAAGAGGGGGAGACUUUCGUUGAGCAGAUUAGGAGGCAGCUAGCAGAGGAGACGUUCCGUAGGGAAGAGGCGGAAAGGAGGUUGUCACAGUCGGAAAGCGCGGUCCAAGAACGAGAGAACAGAGUAGAGGAGUUGGAAAGAAAGCUGAAAGAAGCUGAAACGGAGGAGGAGGGUGCAAAGCUGACGGAACUGGAGGCAGAAUUAGAGGCGCGUGAGAAACGGUUGGCCGCGAGCGGCGAGGAAAGAGACCGACAGCUGACCACUGCUGCGGCUGAGUUGGAGGAAAAAGAGAGGCGGCUUGUAGAUCAGCUGAAAGAGAAAGAAAAAGAAUCGGAAGAGAAAGAAAGGGGCCUCCGGAUACAGUUCGAAGAGAAGGAGAAUGAUCUCCGAACGGAAUUCGCUACGAAGGAGACAGGCCUCCGAGCUCAGUUUAAAGAGAAAGAGAGGGCCCUUGACAGUCAGUUCGAGGAGAAGGAAAAGGACCUUCAGAGUCAGUUGGAGGAGAAAGAGAGAUGGCUCCAGGAGACGAUUGCCCAAUUGGGCCAACUAGAGGGGCGGCUCCAAGCGGCGAACGCCCAGAUGGGCCAACUAGAGCGAGACACCGAGGAGGAGAUCGAGACGAAAGUCGCGGCGGCGUUUACUCUGAUCGAGAGCUUCAAGGCCGAGAAGGCGAUGCUGGAGCGCGCCGUCGAGGAGGCCGACGCGCGCGCGCACGCGGCCGCCCGCGCGCGCGAGCGCGCGGAGGAGCGCGCCGCGGCCGCGGAGGACUCCCUGGUCGAGACGAAGCGCGAGCUGAUCGAGAUGCGCGGCAAGAUGUCGGCGUGGCUGGAGCGGUCGGAAGCGCAGGCGAACGAGAUCCGCGCGGCGGAGCGCACAGUGACGGAAACGCUGACGGAACGGGCACGCGCGCCGCCGAAGAAAGCGAACAGGAAGGGGCGCAAGGGAAGCGGCGCGGACCGCGGCCCGCCGAAGGGCCUGUCGCUGGAGAUCCCGGACGGCGGGGGGGUGGCCGGGGGUCCGAUUUCCGGACGCCGGGCGCGGCGACCGUUUGAGAGUCCGUUGCAGAGCCCCCGGGCCGGGUCGGUCGCGCAAACCCCGCAGGGGGUUUGGGUGGCGAAGAGUCCGCGGCCGGGUUCGGAGGCUCAGAAUCCCUGGGUUGGUUUGGACGCUCAGAACCCCCGGGCCAUUUCGGACGCCCCAAGUCCCCGGGCAGUGCCGGACGCCCCACAUCCCCGGGCGGUUUCGGACGCGCAGAGCCCGCGGCCGGGAGUUGCGGACGCGCGAACACCGGGCAAGUUCUCGGUCGUACACGCUCCUUGGGCGGAGUCAGACGCGCACGGCUUGCGGACGCUUCUGAGCGCUCAGACCCCGCGAACGGGUUCGGACGCAAAGAGCCCACGCACACAUUCGGACGCAAAGAGCCCGCGGUCAUAUUCUGACGCCACGAGCGCGGCUGGGGGAUCAGCGUGGGACCCGGCGCAGAGCCCCGUGCUGAAGAAGUGGCCGAUCCAGGGGGGCGGGAGUGAGGAGAUCAAGUGA